AUGUCUGAUGGGUAUUACAGUUCUAAGAAAACGGAUGAUAUUUGCGACGACGUUUGUGGAGAGGGAUCAGAAGCAGCAUUGAGCAUGUCCAGACUCCGAUGCAUUCUGCGGGGGUUCGAUUUGAAGACUUACAUUUUCGUUUUUGCAGUUCUUCCAUUAUGCAUCUUGGGUGUGUAUUUACAUGGGCAGAAGGUUUCAUAUUUUUUACGACCUAUUUGGGAAUCUCCUCCAAAGUCUUUCAUUGAACUUCCACACUACUAUCAUGAGAAUGUGUCGAUGGAGACUCUCUGCAGACUUCAUGGGUGGACGACUCGUGAGUCACCAAGACGGGUUUAUGAUGCAGUUCUCUUCAGUAAUGAGGUAGACAUCCUUACAAUCCGGUGGAAUGAAUUGUAUCCGUAUGUCACACAGUUUGUGCUGUUGGAAUCAAACUCGACAUUUACUGGCCUGCCCAAACCAUUGGUCUUUUCUAAGAACCGGGACAAGUUUAAGUUUGUUGAAGACCGGCUAACUUAUGUAACAACUGGAGGAAGAUUUAAGAAAGGUGAGAACCCAUUUUAUGAGGAGGCAUUUCAAAGAGUAGCACUAGACCAGCUUCUGAGAGUAGCUGGUAUAGAAGAUGAUGAUCUGCUGAUAAUGUCUGAUGUUGACGAGAUUCCUAGUGCCCACACAAUUAAUCUCUUGAGGUGGUGUGAUGACAUCCCACCUGUUAUUCAUCUCAGGCUGAAGAACUACUUGUACUCUUUUGAGUAUUACGUUGAUAAAAAGAGCUGGAGGGCAUCAGUUCACAGGUAUCAGACUGGCAAUACUACAUAUGCGCACUUCAGACAGAGCGACUACCUUUUAUCAGAUGCCGGGUGGCAUUGUAGUUUUUGUUUCCGUCAUAUCAGUGAAUUCAUCUUUAAGAUGAAAGCUUACAGCCACUAUGAUCGUGUGAGGUUCUCUCAUUACUUGAACCCUAAAAGGAUUCAGGAUGUGAUAUGCAAAGGGGCUGACCUAUUUGACAUGAUUCCUGAGGAGUACACAUUUAGGGAGAUCAUUGGAAAGAUGGGACCUAUUCCUAGAUCUUAUUCAGCAGUUCAUCUUCCUGCAUAUUUGCUGAACAAUGCUGAGAAGUACAAAUACUUGUUGCCUGGAAACUGCAAGAGAGAAAAUGGCUGA